AUCCACUAUACACUAUAUAUUAUCUUCUUUUCAUUUAUUGUGAUUUAGUUUGUCUUUUAUUUGUAAAUAAGACUACAUAUUUACUUAAACAUUAAGCCUGUAAAAUGAACGCACAUUAUUGCAUGCAUGUAAUGAGGAGGAGCGCAGUGUCACAGCCCAGGAGGUGGACCAACCAUGCAAACCAAAUCUCUAAAUCCAGCCUUGUUUUAUUCUACACUCAGUGGGUAGUGUGGAGAAGUGCCCCCCUAGUCGCCUUCACUCGGGACCCCAAUAGGCUGCAUGUAAUAUAUGUGAUGGGGCGGUAGCGGCGAUCGCACUUGCAGCCAAUGAACAGGACGAUCUGCAAUCAUUCCCUGACAUGAGUUGUACACUACCGGGCUUCGGAGGGGAGAGAGCCUAGUCAGUGAACCUCUCGCCUGCUAGUAGACUGUAUGUGUGCAGGGGAUGAGCCACGGAUGACUGGACCGUCCGACCAAAGGAGAAGUAAUUGAAUUUCGUGCAAGCUUCCCGCAAGGCACAGCGUGUGUGUCUUCAUGGCGUCUCCACAACAGUCAAGGAUUCAGUCGUAUCUGGAGAGCAAUAAGAUCGGACCCUUGUUUGAGGAAUUGAUGACCAAAUUGAUAACUGAGACCCCAGACCACCCUAUCCCUUUUCUUAUUGAUCACCUGCAGACCAAGCAAGGCAGCCCUGGCAGGCUACAGAGGACUCUGUCGGGCUCUGCAGCGCUGUGGGCUGACGGCUCGGCCGCGGAGAGCAAAAGCACUCGAAGGGAGUGCAGGAACUUUGAGAAGCCAUGGCAGGUACAUCCUAAAAAACCCAAGAAAUCUAAGAGUGACCUGGCCAUGUCCAGUAUAUCCCCUCCUUCUCCAGAGUCCAAAUCACUGCCGCGGGCCAAUGAGUACCCCUGGUGGGAGUGGAGGGAGAGCCGGGACUUCGACGAGCUCAACCACAUCCUUCAGGAGAGCAAGAAGCUGGGCAAGGCCCUGGAGAGCCUGUCCCGCAGCAUCGCCAUCUCAGACGAGCUAGACCAGAACCUGGGGUGCUACGACUCCUCGCUGCGCCCGCGGGUGGUGGGGGAGUGGGUGGGCCGGCAGGAGGUGGACUCUGACCCGCUGGCGGCGGAGAUGUUGCAGCCCCCAGUCCCCCGAGCCAAGACCGAGACCUGGGGCAGCCGGGACAGCAGCCCUGCUGGGAGCCUCAAAAUGGAGGGAAAGAGCAAAGGGCUGAAGGAGCAGCAGCAGCACCACAAGAAGCUGCUGGCGGCCAUGUUGUCUCAGGACUCCUUCGACUCCGCACACAGCUCCGCCCCCUCCAUCACAGAGGAGGAGAUCGAAGACGAGGACGAUGCCAUGGAGUUGCUGGGUAAUGCCGUCAUAUCAGGAAGUAAUGGUGUUAUGUGUUGUCUUGUGUUUAUUUGUUGUCUGCGUAGGUUGCAGGGGGACAGCCUGUCGGACACGAGAAGCGUGGAAGGGCAUGCGUCUCACGUCCCGGAGCAAGCCGUACCUGACAUCUCUGCUUUGUUGCCCGGGGUGGAUACAGUGGCAGGUCGGCUGAAGGAAUUUGAAGUUGCUUCUCAGCGUCAGCCAGUCUGGGAGUCUGAUCUGAAGCCCGUGAGGGGGGGCAGCGCCGCGGGCCAGCCGCUGCUCGGAGACUCCCUCUUCUCCAAGGAGCUGGAGACCAUGGGCAAACACCUCGCUGAGGUGGAAAAGGACCUGGCCAAGUUGGCCGAGGCCGGGAAGAUGACCAGCAGAGGCCUGAACAACCCGGCCAGCGGCGGCCUCCUCAGCCCCCUGCUGCAGCACAGGACGUUGCCCAACACCCUGCCCCUCCAGAGCCUGCUCUCCAGGCCCCAGUCGCCCGCCGGCGGCCUCUCCUCCAAGCCCAGCUCCGGGGGGCUCCCCGUGCUCAGCCCCAAGCACAGCUCGCUGACCGGCGGUCGGACCGUCAGCAACCCCGGGAGCAGGACUCAAACCCCCAGAACCCCCGGCAGGCCUUUGACCCCCAACAGCCUGAUGUCACGCUCUGGAGGCCACAAGGAGGUGACCUUCAGGAGGUCCCGGAGCCGGCCCGUGACGCCCACCUGUCAGCCCAUGCGUCCCCGCCCGCUGCUCACUCCGCCGGGGCUGAGCACCACGGAUAGCCUGGGGGCCAGCCUACGGGCCUACCUCUCUGAGGAUGAGUUCUACCAGCAGCUUCAGGGCAUCAGGCAGCCCUGGCACCUUCCCAGUGACCCGGAGGGCGACAUGCUGGAACCGCCUGAGCAGGACAGGAUAAAAGUGCCGCACUUCGUCUCAUCCUCCAAGUUCAAGUUGAAUCUGCGGAGUACGAGACGGCAAGAAGAGGUCUGUGUUCUCAGGCCUUUAACAACGAAAGACCAGGGACACUAAUCCAAUCAAACUAUUAUGCAAACCACUGGACAUUUUGAAUAUGUGUACAGGGACAAUUAUUUUUUUAGAAUAUGAAUAAUAAAGAGAUUGUAUACUUUUUCACAAAUGCUAGUGUUUCAUAGACAAUGUAGCCCUUGGAAAUCUCUAUGAUAUCACAUGAAGAAGAAAAAAAAAAGGUGCAAUAUGCUAAUUAUUUUUGUCUGCCCUUUAGCAUGCGAUUGAACUUGAAGAAAAAAAAUAAAAAGAGAUGUACUCUUUUUUUUAAGCCCAAUAAUAAAUUAUGUUUAGGGCAGCACACACUUAUGUAUGUUUAGAGGAAAAAAGUCCUUUAUAUGCACUGUCCGGAUGUAGCACUUUGAAAGAUAUAGUUGUAGAGAUUACAAAGAAUGCUGUUAUGCUAUCGAAAAACCCUUCGGUUCACACAAUUACUUGUCAGGUUCUGUUUUUGUCAGUGUCCGAAUUAUAAAUUUUUGAUUUUUUAAGUAUGACUUUUAUAUGAUUUUGACAUGCGAACAAGAAUCGAAGAGCCUGUGGAUUGUAAUUUGAAAAUUGUGCCUCUUGAAGAGCCAAUAAAAAAUACUGUAUGAAAUCGUG